GUUUAGUUUUACACUUUUUAGCAACAAUUUCCGUAAUAAAAAAUUUUCUGUGUUCAAAAAAAAAAAUCAAAAAUGGACUCUACCCACGUUUCUAAGCCUACAUGCCAGCUUAACUUUACAGAACCGGCUUCCCAACAACGUUUGACUACUAUUAUAGCCACAAUAUCCCAAGCCUCCCAAAAUUUGGAGAUACUAAAGAAAAUGAUAUAUGCAGGAAUGAGAAUAGCUCGCUUGAACUGUUCCCAGGAUAGCCAAGAGUCGCAUGCGAAAACCAUCAACUUGCUAAGAGAGGCAUGCGAUCAAUGCUCCCAACAGCUGGGAUACACCAUUCAAAUUGCCUUAGCAUUGGAAACUAAAGGCCGGGAAAUACGAACUGGCUUCCUAGCUGCGGGGCCCAAUACGGAAAUCGAAUUAAAAGCAAAUGACAGUAUACGCCUGACCACAAAUUCCUAUAUGAUAGACAAGGGCAACAAAGACUCCAUCUAUGUGGACUACGAGAAUAUACUCGAUAUUCUGUUGCCUGGGAACGUGGUCUUUAUUAAUGAUGGGGCUUUGAAACUGGAAGUAAAGAAAUUGGGAGCUAAUUACCUAACAUGUCAUGUGUUGCAAGGGGGCAUGCUGGGUUCCCACCAAAAGGUUAUUCUUGCAGGUGUCAAAGUCGAUUUGCCUGUAGUUUCAGAAAAAGAUCUCAGUGAUAUAAAAUUCGCUGUGGCACACAAUGUAGACAUGGUGUUUGCUUCCUCAAUGCGUAAUGUCGAGAAUGUGCAGGAAAUACGUUCCCUAUUGGGUGAGAGGGCUAAAGACAUAAAACUCCUGGCCAAAUGUGACAGUCUAGAGGGUCUGGAAAAUAUCGAAGAUUUAGCCUCAGCAGCAGAUGGAAUUUUAUUGGAUCGCAUUGAUAUUGGCAUGGAGAUACCUGCAGCAAAAAUAUUUUUAGCCCAAAAGGCCAUUGCCACAUUAUGCAAUCGCUUAGGCAAACCUUUUGUUAUAGCUUCCCAACUAUUGGCCUCAAUGCGUCAUAAAUCCCAGCCCUCAAGAACAGAGGUUGCCGAUUUAGGCAAUGCCAUACUAGAUGGAGUCGAUUGUGUUGUGCUAUCAGCAGAAACGGCAGUUGGUAAAUAUCCAGUGGAAUGUGUUGCGGCAAUGGAUGGAAUUAUACGUGAAUUUGAAAUGGCUUUGCCCUAUACGAAAGGAAGAAGUAGUGAAGUUUUGUUAAAGAGUCCUGCCAUUAUUGAUGCUGUCCAUACCUUAAGCAUAAGUGCGGUGGAGGCUGCAAAAACCACCAUGGCCACAGCAAUUGUGGUUUUAACCACUUCCGGCAGAUCGGCUUACUUGUUGGCACAUUAUCGUCCUAGUUGUCCCAUAUUGGCAGUGACGCGAUGUUCUCGCACCUUUAGACAGUGCUAUUUACAUAGAGGAGUGAUACCAGUACUUUACAAAGACAAACCAAAUACUAAUUGGAUGGAAAAUGUGGAUGCCCGUAUACAAUAUGCUUUGAAUAUAGGAAAGAGCAUGCAAAUUAUUAAUACAGGUGAUACGGUGUUGAUAAUGUCACCUUGGAAGGAAGGAGCAGGUUUUGCCAAUAAUUUAAGGGCGGUUUAUGCUUUCUUCGAAGAAGAUAAAAUGGACUAUAUGCUUAAAACCGAUGGGAUGUCUACAAACAAACGUUCACAUUCGCUAAAAAGAUAAAUAUAAGAGUUCAUAGAGCAAGGUUUAUACUUUACCUCUCCUGGAAAGAUAAAGAAUAUCAACACAAAAAAUUUUAUUUUCCCCAUAAGGCUUAACAAAAAAACUUUGAAAUUUUUCUAGUUUUAUAAAUUUGUAAAUAAAAUUUUAUUUGAGUUUAAUAUUUUUUUUUUAA